GACGACGAGGACGGCGGGGGGCGGGGCCUGGAGGCGGAGUCUCCCAUCCUGGCCCCGCCCUCCCCCACGGACUGCCUCAUCUGCGUGUCCCCCUUCGACGGCGUGUUCAAGCUGCCCAAGCGGCUGGCCUGCGGCCACGUGUUCUGCCUCGAGUGCCUGGCGCGGCUGUCGCUGGCCACGGUGGGCGGCGGCGAGGGCGUGGCCUGCCCCAUGUGCCGCGCGCUGACCCGGCUGCCGCCGCGCCGCGGGCCGCCGGCGCUGCCCACCGAGGCCGGACUCGUGCCCCGGGCCGCGCGGGACCCUGCCCUGGGCCCGGACUCGGUCCGCUUCGAUCGCCGCCGGGGCCUGCUCUUCGUGCGGCCGCCCCCGGGCCCGGCCAAGGCCCGCCAGGGCGGCCCGCUGCCCGCCCCGCUGCGCCUGGGCCGGCCGCAGACUCGGCCCCUGGGCUGGGACCGCUCCACCUGGGCCUUCCACGCGGCCGUGGCGCUGGCCGUGCUGGUGACGGCGGGGCUCGUGGUCUCGGGGGUCUACAUCUUCUUCCUCAUCCCGCACUCCACGGCCACCGCCGCCGUGCUCCUCCCCCCGCCGCCUCCCGCCAACUCCUCCGGGCUCCCGGCCCCGCCCCCACCGGAGCCCGCCGGGGCGCCGCCCCCCGAGGCAGCCGGGGAAGAGGAGGCCGAGGACCGGGACGUGGACGUCCCCCGACCGUGGGGCCCGGGCGGCCCUGAGCCCACAGGCCCUGCGGCCGGGAGGAGAGGCCGGGCCUGGGUCCGCCCAGGAGGCAAAGAGCCUCGGCCUUCCCUCCUAGCCGGGGACACUGAGGCACGAGAGCCAGAGGGAGAGGCAGCGGGGCCCUGA